ACCGCAUACCCGCCUAAUUUCCCUUUCUAAGUACUACUCACUAAGAAGUACUGGGAAUUACGAUAAACGAUAAACGACAACCGAUUGUAACGACAACCACAACAAUAUCGACACGAUGGAAACGUUCUGCUGUUGUAUCCCAGUUCGCCUCGGCGUCUUUAUCCUCUCCCUCCUGACCAUCGCUCUGGGCGCUCUGGUAUCCGCUGCAAGCUGGGUACAACUCUCUAAACUCGGCUCAGACGCAGACACACAACAGAAAGUCAUCAUCAUCAUCGCUGGUGUCGUCUAUGGCCUCCUCGCCUUCUUCUCCCUCCUCGGCUUCAUCGGGUCCGUGAUCGCCAACCGUGCAUUGGUCAAGACAUACUCAGUGAUGCUCUGGAUCAACUGGUUCCUCUCUCUCAUCUCCGGCGGGCUCGCGAUCUGGCAGCUCUUCCGCGCCGAUGCAGUGCCCAACGUCGUCCAGAGCUGCCAAGCGUCGGAUACGACCGCCACCGAAGCGGACUGCACGAACGCGUUCAAGGUCAUCCGCGUCGUGUACAUCAUCAUCUUCGUCAUCCUCGAACUCAUCGUCCUCUACGCAUGCGUAAUCGUAUCCCGCUACGUCGACCAGCUGAAGCAGGAAGAGAUGUUCCACCAUGUAGAGAAUCUGGAGCAUCAGUUUGCUUCCCGCCCAGCACCGGUGGUCAUGCAGUACGGUGCACCUGCGUAUGCGCCUCUACCAGCAGGGAACCCCUCUACUCAGUAUGUCAACAAGGCGUACUAAAACGAUGGACUUGCGCUUGCAUUUGUCGUUUUUCGUUUCCCUUUCCUUUUGAGAUCAUUGACUGGAUGUCUCUUUGAGAGUUGAUACGCCCGUUAGGAUUGUAUAUUAGAGACGCACGAUGUGCAAUAAAAUGCAUAAACCC